CCACGAACAGGCGUCCUUCCCUCGCCUCGGCCCCGUGCAUGCCCACAGAUGUUGUCAAUUCGCAUGCGGCGACCACAUCCAGUCUUUACGACGAUCACGAUGCAACCCUUGUGGGACCGGCACCUAGCGCUUAUAUGGCUACUUUGGAACGGUUACGACGGGAGCAGGCCGAGGGUUUGUGGAGUCCUAUUCCCGAUGCGGACUCCCAUGUUGGUCUGGAUUUUGGAUGGACCAAACUGGGCUCAGAAGAUAGCUAUUCACUGUGCCCCAGUUUGGACCAAUUAUCGUUGGACACACAAAACCAGUUGGACUUACCAGUACCCACAGAUCAAUAUGACGAGCCUGAGGAUGAGCGUUGGGUCUUGGAUCGUACUCCGCGAGCCACAGUUGGAUCGGCAGGCGGAGUGGUGACCAGACCUCAGGCUCUGUCCGAAAACAGAGGAACAGAUACAUCUCGUCACGCCCCACUAUUUUACGAUGCUGAACCCGCACUUCUAUUUGCUCUACCAAAUCCUAAUCUUUUCACUUUCUGGCAGUCAUUGAGCCAGGUCUUGUUUGCUACCACUCAGCUUCAGACUACCAAUCUCCCAUGCGUUACCCGCCAUGAGAAUCUCACUGGUGCUUCCGAGCCAAAUCACUUUCGUGCUCAGAAUACACCGACCAGUUCUGCUGACUGCACACCGACGACUGCCCCGGGUUUUAUUCCUCCUUCACAUCGACCGGAAUCUCGUCGUUAUACCCGAGCGGCUGCCAUGUACCGCCGAAGCGGUUCACAACCGGGUCCGAACCCACCAAGUGACAAAUAUUCCGAUUCAACCAAACAAGAUCCGUCUGCACCUCCGCUGAUCGAUUUGUACAGUCCCACUUACAAACCAAAUCCGUGCCUCUAUACACCCGCCUGNCCCGCCUGUCUGGGAGAGCAAAUGAUGUCAUUUUUUUCCGAAGAUGGAUCCCCCCCUCGCUUAGAUAUAACUGGAGAUCUGUUUGAUCGAUCUGAGAACCCACCAACGAUCCCGUCUGCGCCAGCAUACGAACCUCAUUUACCCUAUUACUUCCCUCCAUAUCGGCGAACGCAUUGGGUCCAAUUCACAAAUGCACAAUUGCGCCAGAUGCCUCCACCGAUCCCCGGACGACCGCACUCUGUGAUCAUCGGACCUCGAAAUGCCCCAGUACCGCCUGUUCAGUCGCCCCACUCAGUUCCAGGGGCUCCGGUCAUGAAACCGGCCAAAUCCACAGAUCCAUUAGAUUGUUCACAACUGUCCGAUGCGUUGCCUGAUCCCCCGAGCAAAGAUCCAUUCGGUUGGGACAAUCAGCACCACUCGGACACCCCGACUGCUGCACAUAUUGGGAGCGUGUUUGCCCCGUCAAUCAAUUCGCUCAGUCCUACUCGGCCAAAUGUGCCACGUGUGGAAAGUCAACUGCUCGUCGGCUCU